CUAGCUUCUGAUGCGAUGGAGAUAGAGGCAGCAAGCUGUAGUAAGAAAGAUGGUGCUGUCGGCGGCGGCAAUAUCUGUGGUUCCGGUGGCGGUGGUGGUGCUCAUGAUGAGGAUAUGGUGAGGGGUGUUUACUUGGUUUGGCAGGAUCUGACGGUGGUGUUGCCGAACUUCGGUAAUAAACCGACUAAAAGGUUACUCCAAGGACUUAGUGGAUAUGCUGAACCUGGAAGAAUCAUGGCGAUUAUGGGUCCUUCUGGUUCCGGGAAAUCCACACUACUCGACUCUCUAGCAGGUAGACUCGCCAGAAAUGUGGUCAUGACUGGAAAUAUUCUUUUAAAUGGAAAGAAGAGACUAGAGUAUGGUGGUAUUGCUUAUGUGACUCAAGAGGAUGUGAUGUUGGGAACUCUGACAGUAAGAGAAACCCUAGCAUACUCUGCUCAUUUGAGGCUUCCUAGUAACUUAACCAGAGAUGAAGUGAAUGACAUUGUGGAGGGAACAAUCAUGGAAAUGGGUCUUCAAGAAUGCGGUGACACAGUGAUUGGGAACUGGCAUUUAAGAGGAAUAAGUGGUGGGGAGAAGAAGAGACUCAGCAUUGCUCUGGAGAUCCUCACCAUGCCCAACAUGUUGUUCCUCGAUGAACCUACCAGCGGCCUUGACAGUGCCUCCGCUUUCUUCGUUGUUCAAUCUCUCCGAAACAUAGCUCGUGACGGGAGGACCGUCGUCUCUUCGAUCCACCAGCCCAGUAGUGAAGUUUUUGCGCUGUUCGACGACCUUUUCUUGCUAUCCGGCGGUGAAACUGUUUACUUUGGAGAGGCGAAAUUGGCUGUCCAGUUCUUUGCUGAAGCUGGUUUCCCAUGCCCGAGUAGAAGAAACCCUUCGGAUCACUUCCUCCGGUGUAUAAAUUCCGACUUCGAUGCCGUGACAGCCACACUGAAAGGUUCUCAAAGACUGCGCGAUAAACCUUCAAGCUCUGAUCCUUUCACGAAUAUGGCAACAAUACAAAUCAAAGCCGCCCUUGUUGUAAAGUACCGCCAGUCGAAGUACGCGGAAACGGCAAAAGCUAGGAUUCAAGAAAUAUCGAAAACUGAAGGACUUGAGGUAGAAGCAAUUAGCGGAAGUGAAGCAGCAUGGUUAAAGCAACUUAUAACAUUGACAAAACGAUCAUUUCUCAACAUGUGUAGAGAUGUAGGUUACUACUGGGCAAGGAUUGUGAUAUAUAUACUUGUAUCUAUCUGCGUCGGAACCGUCUUCUAUGAUGUCGGCUAUGGAAAUACCGCUAUUCUCGCCCGAGUAGCAUGUGGUGGAUUCGUCACAGGUUUCAUGACCUUCAUGUCGAUCGGAGGCUUUCCGUCCUUCAUCGAAGAAAUGAAGGUUUUUAACAAAGAAAGGCUGAAUGGAUAUUAUGGAGUUGCAGCUUAUACUCUCUCCAAUUUCUUGUCUUCAUUUCCGUUUCUGGUUGCUAUUGCACUGAUCACAGGAACAAUAACAUUUUACCUGGUGAAAUUUCGAUCCGGAUUUUCGCAUUAUGCCUUCUUCUGCCUCAAUAUCUUCUUCAGCAUCACUGUGAUCGAGAGCCUCAUGAUGGUGGUAGCUUCAUUGGUUCCUAAUUACCUUAUGGGAAUCAUCACCGGUGCCGGAAUCAUAGGGAUCCUGAUGAUGACUUCAGGCUUCUUCAGGUUGCUGCCUGAUCUUCCUAAGAUAUUCUGGCGUUACCCUAUUUCAUACAUCAGUUUUACUUCAUGGGCACUUCAGGGCGCCUACAAGAACGAUUUCAUCGGCCUCGAAUUUGAUCCGAUACUACCGGGUGAUCAGAAACUAACCGGGGAUCAAAUCAUUACACAGUACUUCGGGGUGACGGUAGAUCGGUCCAAGUGGUUGGAUUUAACUGCAGUGGUGGUCAUACUCAUAUGCUACCGCCUCAUCUUCUUCUUGAUUCUGAAGAUAAAAGAGAAGGCUUCACCAUUUUUUCAAGAAAUCUAUGCAAAGAGGACAAUUGGGCAUCUUGAUAAAAGGCCUUCGUUCAGGAAGAUACCGUCGUUUUCUGCUUCCAAGCGGCACCAGCCUCUCCACUCUCUCUCUUCUCAAGAGGGUCUUAACUCUCCGUUACACUAAAUUCUUUUUUAUUACCACAAGGCAUUGAUGUGCCACUGCUAUAUAUUACUCCAUAUGAUUG